CGAAUCAGCGACCUUCGCAGUGCAAGCGAACAGUUCGAUCCGCUGCACUCGCUUGUGUCCGUAGUUUUUACUGUGUUUACAGAGUAAUUAUUACGUUGGAAGGGGGAGGGGGAACGGUUUUGAGGACAUCGGUCCAGGUGCGUGUGACGUGUCCUCUGCGCACCUGUCCGCGAGCGGCGGUAGAGGAGAGCGCGCGGCGCACAUUCCUAGUGCCCCCCCGCCGGUCUGCCUCGCGCUGCGGCGACGACCCCCGAUUUUCUCCAGCGCAACUGUGAGCUCUUUUCUGGGGGGUGGAAACACCAGGCGGCACGCAGAAGUGGGCGAUGCGUGAGAUACAUCCUGCGGGGUGUAGGAUCGGGAUCCACCCUUCACGCAUCAGUGCAGGGAUCCGCUCCGGACACCUUCUCCACUCCAGGGCUAAGAAGUUCAACUCUGGGGAGGAAACGGUCCCUCGCGGGCAUAACGACAAGGAUACCGACUGAAGGGAAGGACUGGAUCCCAUGACGCUCUGUCUCCGCAACCAACGCCAACGAGAAUUCGGAGGAUUCCUCCUGUCCCGAAGAACCACCAGCAAGAAGGCGAAUGUGUGUCACCACAGCCCAGGACCCAUCUGUCUUCUCCUCUAAAGCGUCACAUUAAUGAUGAUUUUUUAAAAAAAAAUUUCCAUUCCUGCUUUUACAUAGCUUUGCAUAGCAUGAAUCAGCAGACGUGGGUUUUAGGAGGUCUUCUUGAGGCAUUAAGUUGUUCUGAGCGAUUACCCGAGAACAGCGCGGUAAAAUACCCAUCUUUGCACACAGUGUACACGUUCAACAAGGGAUGAGCUCCGUUCCCUUCUCUCAGCGCUGGAGUGGAGAACUUCUGCUCCAGUGACGCUGGGACCCUUCCCCCUUCCUCAGGACUCGUUCAAGUUUUUCUUUUUUUUUUUUAAAUCUCGGAGCAAACGUAUAUUUUUCAUUUCUAGGUAAAAAAAAAAAAAACAACAACAUGAUUUAGGCAAGAAGGUUAACCAAACGUAAGAUAUUUAAAAAAAAAAAAAAAAAAAAAACACCCCGUCCACUUCGGUGUCUUCUCUUCCACUUUCCUUUUUCCCCCUAUUUUUGAACACAGUAUCAUAGUAUCGGACACACCUGGUUCCGAUGGGACUUAAACACUCCUCGCGCUGCCUGCUCCUCAGGAGGAAGAUGGCGGAGUCCGAGAGCACCGAGCCACCGGUGAGCCAUACCCAGCCUCUGUCCCAGUCAGCGCAGCCCUCCACGCUGCCCAAGCCUGCGCUGCCCGUCCACCACCUACCCCGACCACCACACACGCCUCGCUCCUCCACCCUGCCAAGUUGCCCCGGCAGGGGGAAGAUGGCCAAGUUUCUGAACCCCGAUGAGAUGACCUCCCGGGACUACUACUUUGACUCCUAUGCCCACUUUGGCAUCCAUGAGGAGAUGCUCAAGGACGAGGUGCGGACGUUGACCUACAGGAACGCCAUGUACCACAACAAGCACGUCUUCAAGGACAAGAUCGUCCUGGACGUGGGCAGUGGGACGGGCAUUCUGUCUAUGUUUGCGGCCAAAGCGGGGGCCAGACACGUGUACGGGAUUGAAUGCUCGAGUAUAUCUGAAUACUCGGAGAAGAUAAUCAAAUCCAACCACCUGGACAGCGUCAUCACCAUCUUCAAGGGGAAGGUGGAGGAGGUGGAGCUGCCAGUGGAGAAGGUGGACAUCAUCAUCUCAGAGUGGAUGGGCUACUGCCUCUUUUACGAAUCGAUGCUGAACACAGUCAUCUUUGCCCGGGACAAGUGGCUGAAACCCGGUGGGCUGAUGUUUCCGGACCGGGCCACCCUGUAUGUAGUGGCUAUUGAGGACCGGCAGUACAAGGACUUCAAAAUUCACUGGUGGGAAAAUGUAUAUGGCUUUGAUAUGUCCUGCAUCCGCAACGUGGCCAUAAAGGAGCCCUUGGUGGACAUUGUGGAUCCCAAGCAGGUGGUGACCAACUCUUGCUUGAUAAAGGAGGUAGAUAUCUACACAGUCAAGACAGAGGACCUGUCCUUCACCUCCGCCUUCUGCCUCCAAAUUCAGCGCAAUGACUACGUCCACGCCCUGGUCACCUACUUCAACAUAGAGUUCACCAAAUGUCACAAAAAGACCGGCUUCUCCACUGCACCAGAUGCUCCCUACACCCACUGGAAGCAGACUGUCUUCUACCUGGAGGAGUACCUUACAGUGAGGAGGGGCGAGGAGAUCACUGGCAGCAUUGCCAUGAAGCCCAAUGAGAAGAAUGCACGCGAUUUGGACUUCACCAUAGAACUGGAUUUCAAAGGUCAGCUGUGUGAGGCGGACAUCUCCCACGACUACAAGAUGCGCUAAGUGCCUAACGGGGCAGAGUCGCGAUGCUCCCGGACCGGGCAGGGCGAUGAGGUGCGGGUCCUCCGCCGUCGAUGGGCUUGGCCAUGAGACGAGCCACAAGGAUGAUGGCUCCAGCUUGGAUGGUGUUAAAUCCACAAGGGUGAUAGUGAAAGUAACAGCACCACCUAAAGGCGAAGGACCCUUGCAAUCAGGGUGUUCUAAGCACAUCAUUAAAUGUAAAUGAGGUCAUUUAUACAUUCUCAUAACAAUAUUUAUCAUUUGCUUUGCUAGUAGCUGUUAAAUAAAAGUAUGCUAUGAGAGAACAAAAUAAUGGUACAAUACAGGUGGUCCUCUAUUUAGGACAACUGUGCUGCAAGUAGACAGUCGUAAGUUGCAAACCCCUUGUACUGUCUUAUAUAACCUGAAGGAAAUAAACAAUUAACAUGCAUGAAUGCUACAUUGUAUAAUACAUUGUUAUAGUUUGCAUUAAUGUUGUGCAUAUAUGCAAACACUAAUUAUAAAACAGUACAGUAUAUCUAAAGCACAAAUACAGUAUUGUAUCCC